UCUCUCUCUCUCUCUCUCUCUCUUGUGGCUCAAAAAAAUCUCCCCCCCCCCCUCUCUCUCUCUCUCUCCAAGAGUCAUAUACAACUUCAACUAGCUUUUUAGGAGCAUUGUCAUCUCAUCUUCAUAGCCAAUUCUCAACUUAGUGUGUUUUGAUUUGAGCAGAGCUCCUAAACCUCAAAGCCUAGUCUAUUACUCACUCUUCUGUAUCUUUGUUGAGCUAUGUGCUUGCUUUGCUUCUUUUAGCACCAUCUCUAUAUAACCCAUCUUUUAGUAUUAAAUCAAACUACUUUCUAUGCUCUUCUCAAAUCCAAAAUCCCCCCAGUUCUAGAUUAAAUCUCAAUCAACUUUCUAGGCUCUUCACAACUCCAAAUUCAUCUGUUCAAUCUUCAAACUGAGAAAAAGAGCCAUGAAAGAGAGAGGCAAAGCUACAGAAUCAAACAAUGGGAACUUCUUCUCUGACUUCAACUUUUCUUCAUCAUCAGAUCUUCCAUGCAAGAAACACCCAUCUUCAUCUUCUGUUGGAAUCUGUGCUUACUGUCUCAAAGACAGGCUGAUUAAGUUGGUCUGCUCAGACUGUGGAGAGCAACGUCUUUCUUCUUGCUCUUGUUCUGAUAUCUCUUCGUACCGCAAUUCAUGCAGUACUGUGGAUGUGGGAAGUGUUGGAAGAAUUUCAUUCCUGAUUGAGAAUGAGAAAACUGAGACCCAACACUCACAUUCAAAGCCCAAGAAUGGGGAGAGAUCAGAAGCAGCUUUUCUGCUCAAGAGGAGUAGCAGUAGCUGUGUUGAAAUCAAGAGGAGCAAUGGGAUUUGGAGCUUUGGGAGGAUUGGGAGGCUCUUUAGGAAGAAAAGAGAAAAGGGUAGUGAGAGAAAUGGUGGAUUUGAUGAUGAAAGUGACAUGGGUGUGUCUAGGUCUAGGUCACUCUGUAGCUACAGGGUUGGUGGUUUCAAUUACCCAGAUCAAUGUAGUGAUUUUGGUUUGUCAAGUGCUAAAAUUUCAGAUUUUACAGGGGGCAUACUGUUAGAUGCUGAGAAACAAGUGGGAUUGAAUGAAGCAGAACCAAGAAAAAGUGGGUUUGAAGGAGUUUUGGGUGUUGAAAAUGGUCUUGAUUUCAAGGGUGUAAACAGGACUGGUGGGCCUUUGGAGCUUGAUAGAGCUUCUAGUGUUCCAACCAGGUGUGUUUUCCCAGUAAAAGAGAGUGAUUUCAGUGGCAUGGAUGAAUCAGCCUUCAUUGAUUUAAAGCUUGAUUUAUCAUCAGAAUCAAAAUCAGAUUUCUCUGGUCUAAAAAUGAGUGACCUUCCAAUCUCACUCUCAAGUUUUGGAAGCUUGAGGAGUGGGGCUUUUAUGGAAAAUCUAGAAUCUGCAAGGUCAUUUGGAAGUUUAAAAGAAGAUUUGCUCUUUGGCAAUGGGCCUUCAUGUAGGAUUACAGUGAAUGACAGAGGAUUCAGAAAGGGAAGCAAAGGUUAUAAUAAGGUCUGGAAAUGGAUUUUCAGACAUCAUUCUGGCUUGAGAAGUGCAAGUAAGAAGGAUGAAAAUCAUACCUUGAGGCUUUAAUAUGAUGAACUGAAAACAUUAAUUUCAGGGAAAUUUCUGAUAGAUGAAGAGGGUUUUAAGUACAUAUUUAUGUUAAGAGAUUAGUGGAGAUUAAUCUCUUCUGUUAUAUUGUUGUGUAUUUUUACUUAUUUUCUCUUCCCUUGUAGUCCUUAUCUUUCUCUCUGUUAAUCAGAAUUAGUACUUCCUUGUUUGCUCUGUUCUUAAGUUGAUUGGUGAAUGGUAAGGUAGCCCUAUGGUUUUUUUU